CGCUGUUCAUGCUGGCUGUUCCUGCUGACCACGUUGGCCUCAUUCGUCGAGUGUGUCGGGACCUCACUCGGCGCAGGUGCUGCAGUCCCUCGCGGGCAUGGCGGUCGUGCUGCGGCUGAGCGGCCGCCUGGCGCUGCUCGUCGUCGCGGGCGUGCUGCUGCGGUCUCUCUUCGCACACUUCUACUCGAUGGCAGCUCGCCGACUCUCCCAGGCGCAGCAGGACCGGCUCGCAGCUUCGUCUGGCGUGGCGGAGCAGUGUUUCUCGCUCAUCAAGCUCGUCCGGUCGCACGGCAGCCAGCGGAGCGAGCGGCGGCGGUACGGGCAGCAGCUGGACGGCUUGCUGCGGCUGCAGACCGAGUACGGCGCCAUCUACGGCUGCUCGCGUGUCUUCAACGGCGCCGUCAACGCCGCCCUCAACGUGGCCGUCCUCGCUGGCGGCGCCGCGCUUGUGGCGGCGGGCGUGCUGCCCCGCGAGGCGCUCACCUCCUUCGUCCUCUACGUCGCCUUCAUCUCGGACGCGUCGAGCGACGUGCCCGACCAGUGGAGCCGCAUCCAGGAGGCGCUCGGCGCGGCGACGGAGGUCUUCGACUACCUCGAGCCGCGCGCGCUCGACCUCUCGAACACCACCGCGCCGCAGCCCGCCCCGCAGCCCGCCGACGCCGACGCCGCGGCAUCGCCGCCUCCGCCCCUCCCCCUCUCCUCUGGCUCCUCGGGCUCGCCGCGCGGGUCGCUCGAGUUCGUCGACGUCGACUUUGCCUACCCCUCGCGGCAAAGUCGCCCCGUCCUCCGCUCCCUCUCCCUCCGCGUGCCUGCCGGCCGCCGCACCGCCAUCCUGGGCGGCUCCGGCUCGGGAAAGUCGACGCUCUUCGCGCUCGCGCUCCGCUUCUACGUGCCUUCGUCCGGCCGCGUCCUGCUCGACGGCGCCGACGUGGCCCGGAUGGGCGAGGCGGACCUGCGUCGCCGGACCGCGUGGGUGCAGCAGGAGCCCCCGCUCUUCCCCAACAUCACCAUCCGCGACAACAUCGCGUACGGGCUUGCCGACUGCUCGAUGGACGCCGUCGAGGAGGCGGCCCGCGAGGCAAACGCGUUCGACUUCAUCGCGGCGCUGCCGAGCGGCUUCGAGACGCGGAUCGGCGCUGCCGGCGCCUCCCUCUCCGGCGGGCAAAAGCAGCGCAUCGCGCUGGCGAGGGCGCUCGUGCGCGACCCGGCGCUGCUGCUGCUCGACGAGGCGACGAGCGCGCUCGACCCGCAGGCGGAGGCGAUCGCAGAGGCAGCCAUCGCCCGCUCGGCAGGCGACCGGACGGUCCUCUUCACCACGCACAAGGUCUCGCAGGCGCGGCAGGCGGACCACAUCGUCGUGGUGUCGCACGGCGCCAUCGUCGAGGAGGGGACGCACGACGCCCUCCUCCGCCGCAACGGCGCCUACGCGGAGCUCGUGCGCGUCGGCGAUGGGCUGAGCGACGCAGAGACGUCAGAGGUGGUCGACUCGGCGCUGGGCGUGGCGGACGCUGCAGCGGCUGUGUGAGUGGGGAGUGAGGGCCGAGACUGAGGACCAGAGAAGGAGAGCCGUACUGUACCGCGGCGGGAUCUCGGGGUCGCAUGUGUGGGCAUGUUCUUCUGAGGUACGCUCAAACUUUACUGAGACCGAGCCGCAUAAAGUGC